AUGGAAGAAGACAAGGCCAGUGAAGAGGCCGAAAAUUGGAAAGUUUACGAAGCGCUGUGCAGUAAAAGCCCUACAGAGAUGGAGGCAGACGUUGGUAAUGACAUAAUUACAAGUCUGAGAAGUGAUCUUGCUGGACUACAGUACAAGCGAGAUAAGCUAAUAUCUGAAAAUAGUGAUUUAAAAAACCAAAUGUUAUCGCGAGACCAGAGAAUACUUGAGCAGCAAGUAGAGAUCGAUCACCUUCGCGAACAAAAUGCGCGCCAAAAUGCUGUCAUUUCAUCUCUCAGAAAGAAGAUCCAAGACCUCGAAGAAAUUCAACGAAACCUUCAGACAUCGAAUGGAAGAAGUGAAAUCACAGUUCAAACACUGCAAAGAGAUAACCGAUACUGUGAAGAAAAGAUUAAAGACUUGGAAAAGAAAUUACGUUCUCUUGAGCUAGAAUGUCACAGCGAAGAACAACAAAAAGAAAAUGCCCGUUGUCAGUUUCACGAUCUCGUUCGACGUAUGUCUGCGGCUUUGGAAUCAGAUUUUUGCGAUACAGCACACACCCACUCCCCUGAAAGUUUGAUCAUCAAGGCGGCCGAGCUUGUCCAAGAAAUCACCAGACUGAAAAACAAAUGCUUGAAUACAACUGAAAACUUAUCUACGGUCGAACAGGAUCUAAGAAGCUGUAGAGAUGCGUUAGAGAGAUCAAACACUGACAAAGAUAUUUUACAACGACAACUAUCAGCCCAGCUUCUAGAUAUUGAGAGACUUAAACAGGAAAAAGAAUCCCUUUGUGUCCAAAACAGAGUGAUUGAACGAGAACUGCACGAAGCUAGAGAAAAGUUGUCACAUUGUUCCAAAAACUUAAACGUCGUAACGGAUAAUGUGAACCAGAAUGAAUCGAUUAUCAUUCAGUUGAAAGAGGAUUUGCGGCAUCGGGAUGAAAAAUACCAAAGACUACACGCGGAAUACCGCAAUACAAUGGAGUCCUUAGCUAUCUUACUAAGUUUGCCGACCCGAUUCGUGGAAGCACAUGAAAGUACUAUUAAAGACAGAAUUCGCGAAAUUUUAAGUGACAACAAAGAUAAAUCUGUACAAAUAGAUGCAUUGCGUGAUAAAUUGAACAUGGAGUCUCAGCAAUUAGGAAGGACAGCGCAUUUACACGACCAAGCAACUACACGCGUGCGCAUCCUGGAAGAUGAAAGAAAUAUACUUGAAGCUAAAUUACACAAGCUGGAAGCCGAGCUUAACGCACAGGAGGUCUCCAGAGACAGUUUACGUAAAGACAAAGCAAAUUUUGUUGCCUUCCUAGAACGUUUAAGUCGAACACUAAAUAUGGAUGAGCUGACCCAAGAUAUCGGAAUAGAAUUGCACACUGAAUCUAUUAUCCACCGCGCAGAGCAGUUAGCGAGGCUCGAGAGUGAUAAAAUUGUUGAUAAGAUGCUAUAUUACGGAUACUAUGGUACGCUGCCCAGACUGCGCAGAGAAAGAUCUUUCCAUGACUUACCUUACCUUAAAGAAACAGCUGUUGUUUAUCAGUUACAACGACGAAUUCGUAUUUUGAGAGAACAACUGCAGAGAAAAGAUUUGCACUUGGAUUUGUUGCGACGGAAACUAAGCGUACAGGAUGAGAGCUGUCGAGUUCGAGCAGUGUUGCAAGCGGAACGUGACGAAGCCGUGGCACGCAACAAGAAGCUCGCGCGACAAUGUGACAAGCUGCAAGUACAGCUUAGUGACGCACGCGCACAAAUUCGCGACCUCAACGCACAACUUGUGGAUGCCGCUGAGUACAAGAUAACAUCACUGGAGAGAGCUCGCAAGGUGGAAGAGCUACAGAAAAAGUUGGAGGAGGCGGAACUACUCCGCGUGCGCUACAACCGUAAGGUGAACGUGCUAAAGGAACAGGUGCGCUCCACGGGCGAGACCUUCGAACAGGAGCGAUCCUCCAUCGACCACCAGAUUACCAUCCUGCGGGAUGACCUUGCACGCACCAAGGAGGCGCUCGCUGAGAGCCAGCGCAGGGAGGCACAGCUCACUAGCUUCAGGAACUCGAUAGCAAAACUGCUAGGUAUCCUAGUGCCAGUGUCUGUGUCCGACUUCGAGAUGGUGUCACGUCUACAAAAGCUGAUCGACGCACACCACGACUUUACGGUGGUGUCGCGGCGAUACGACGACCCCACCCUCCUGCGAGCCUCCUCUCGCUCCCCCCCACCGUCACGUUGCAGGACCAGAACACCUGACAGAUCACUCCGUUAUGACGACUCGGGUUAUGCAGAUCCUGCCUUCGAACUGGACGAUGAAUUAUACAAAGCUCGAGCAGGAUUGUGA